UACAUCAGAUAACUGGUAAAUAUAUCGUGCUGUUUGACCAUGUCGUCAUCUUUAUGCGUCGGUGAUCGCUUCUCUCCAGGAAGCAAAUAAACAGGGCAGAUUGACUUUGCUCAGACGAAGGAAAAAAGAUGUCUGGAAGUUUUUAUUUUGUCAUGGUUGGUCAUCAGGACAAUCCUGUGUUUGAGAUGGAGUUCUUGCCAGCAGGGAAGCCUGAAUCAAAGGAUGACCACCGUCACUUGAACCAGUUCAUUGCACACGCUGCCCUGGAUUUGGUGGAUGAAAACAUGUGGCUGUCCAACAACAUGUACUUGAAAACCGUGGACAAGUUCAACGAGUGGUUUGUUUCUGCAUUCGUCACUGCAGGACAUAUAAGAUUCAUCAUGCUGCAUGAUGUGCGACAAGAAGAUGGAAUCAAAAACUUUUUUAAUGACGUCUAUGAUCUAUACAUCAAGUUUGCAAUGAAUCCAUUCUAUGAAAUCAAUGCCCCAAUCCGCUCGACAGCUUUUGAGAGGAAGGUACAGUUUCUUGGAAAGAAACAUCUCCUGAGUUAAUCUGGUCACAUGCAAAGGAUUUAGUGCGUGUGCUUGUCUGUUUGUGGUGUACAUACCUAACAUAUGUGUUAUGUUGUAUCUGUCUUUUCCCCUUUCACACAUGUAAAGUAUUCAACAGUUUUCUAAAAAAAAUUCUUGUCUGGUGUUGUUCUUAAGGUAAUGGUAUUGUUUCUUUCUCUAUGGACUCAAAGUAUGAAUGAUGUAUUGUUUAUCAUUUAGAUUAAACUUGACCAACAAA